AUGGACAAUUUCACUUCAAUCCACGACAUUGAUGAAGGUGAUGAAUUUCGUCGUUCCAUUGACACUAAAUGGUCAUAUUUUAUAGAGAAAUGGAUUUAUGGAAUAAGUUUUUUUUUGGGUAUUUUCGCUUUCCUUUAUACGUUCGGUCGAUUAGUUAGAAGUAAAGGCAAAGGUCAAAUAUGGGCAGCUCGCUUGCUUUCUUAUAAAAUCAGUUUAACUGUUGCUGAUGGUAUUAUUCUAUUCAUUUACGCUCCUGUGCAACUUUAUUGGAUAUCCAACGUUUGGUGGAGAGGAGGUGACACAUUGUGUGGAUUGUAUAAGUUCAUUUCAACAUUUGGCAUUCAUUUAACAACGAAUAUGCAGGUCCUAAUUGCAUAUGAUCGGCUGGCAUUUGCUGCCACCAUGAGGACAUUAAGAUCCAAAAGAAAUCGUAACGAGCCUUAUAACUCGCGAAUGUUUCUGAGCCUUGUGUGGGCAAUAGCAUUACUCUGUUCAGCACCGCAGUAUUUUCUUUUUUCGACAGGGAAAGUUCAUUUUGGGAAUUUUAAUGAUACAAAGGAACAGUGUAUAUCCAUAUGGUUUCGUGAACGAAGUAGAAUAUUUGAACAGAUGCAGUCGUGGCGAGAUUUUGAGUAUUUUGAGCAUCUGAAGCAGAACGAAUCAUCCGAACUAUAUCUGCCGGACGGAACUCUCGCUUGGGUCGUUAAGAAACCUGAUUUCAGCAAAGAAGCUCUCGCUAUCGAGGACUCCUUCAUGUAUUGGCUAGAACAGUUUUUCAACUUCAUUCAUCUGGCGACUCUGAUUGCAAUUCCUUACGCGCUUGAAGCGACAUUUCUCUGGGGGACGGUUAGUAUUCUAUCGAAAGCAGAAGGUGGAACUUUCUCUUCUGUUUCUGAGCUGCUCAAGGCAAAUUGCUGCCCAUGUUGGUGUUGGAACUUAAUGCGAGAAAGAAUGGCAGCUUCUGCUGUGCGUUCUUCUUCCGUUUGUGGGCCUUCAUUAAUUCAUCGGUCGUCGUCAGCUUCUCUAGACCGACCAGCUGUUUAUCAGAUGUCGUCUGUGGCACGUCAUGGGUCUUUAGUUAAGAAGAAGCAAAGUAAUGGGAUUGGUAGCGUUGAAAGAAGCAGUAGUAAAAAGCAUCACGAAGUGGCGACAGGCCUCCUGCUGACGAGAGAAAUGAGAGAUCGUUCCGCCAGUUGUUCCAACGUCGAUGACAUUCUCAACGUUCAGAAUCGAUUACCUAGAGAAGUUCAAACGAUUAAAUCUGACACUGUCGUGGUCCAAGCUCCAUGGAAAGCCACAGUCUCAGCUGCGAAACUUCGUGCGCGAAAGAAAGCGAUUUUCAUGGUCGUAGCAAAUCUGAUUCUCUGGGGUCCAUACCUCUUAUUGGGAAUCAUAAGUGCGGUGAUCGUGUUCGAUAGCUAUGUCCAUUUCCAAUUCGUAAGUGCUCUAAUUUGCUUCAAUGCUAUUGUUAAUAUUAUUUUGUAA